UGAAACCUUCGGUACUUGUAUAUUCACAUUGUUAUUUUUUUUGACCCGGUAUUAAUCCAAAACCCGAGGGUUUUGGGGUGAGGGCCAGGGAACACCUCACCUAUUUAUAGAAAAAGCAAGAAUACAAGUAGUAGGAGGAUCGUGCCAAAGCCUACUAUAAAGAUUACACAACAUACGGAAAACUAAUGGCGUCAAACUUAAGAAUACCAACAAACUGGUUAAAAUGAUGAGUAAUGGUUUUAAUAGAGGCGUAACGAUAAGAAAAGAAAUCAACUGCUCUAUUAAUGCCUGGAGUGAUGUGUUGGAUAGACCAAAUGAUAUCUUGAAGGUUCUUUUUUAUUGUGCGAAUGCGAGACCAAUACUUCCAGUGUUGAAUGGAGUGACCGAUGAUGCCUUUCUAUAUCUCUAUGUUAUCAACCUCAAGAAUAAUGUUAUCAAAAAUAUGAGAGGUAAUAGCAAUAAUCAUAUCAUAGAGAGCAAGAGAGAGGUUAGAGUGCUUAUCAAUCUUGGUAAGAUGGCCAUUGUAGUUGCCAGAUGCAUCACGGAUUAGGGCCCUAGUGCGGAUGAGGUUGGGUUCAAGGAUGCGGGAGGCGAGAUUGAUUUUUUGAUAGGUAGGUGGAGGCUUGCGCCAAUGGUUUGCCACUGGUGGGCGACAAUUUUUUGGUCUUGUGGUAAUGGUGUGAAAAGGGGGGUGGGGGCGGUAAUGAUAAAUGGUUUGGCAACUGAUAGGGAAAAAAUUUCAAUUUUAAUAGCUUUUACCGCCUCAGGUAAAUGGCCAAUUUUGCCUUCGUAAAGAAAGGUAUUCCGAAUUUUCCAAAUAUGCCAAAUUAUAAUGUUCGGGAGAGUUGUGGCAAUAUCCUUGAAAGGGCCGUUAUAAUCAUUGUACCAAAGUUUCAUGUAGUUGACAAUGCUAUCAUUGUGAGGGGGCCGAAAAUCAAGAAUGUUUUCAAAAAAGGCUCAGAUAGCACGAUUAAAACUGCAUCCCAGAAAUUGGAGUGAUUUAGGCUCCAAAAAAGGAAAGUUGGCAAAGUUUUAAGGGACGGAGGGAGUACAUCACAGACCGGGUGUCAUCUUUAAGGGAAUUAACCCAACUAGCCCACAACCCAAUUCCUUUCUCACGUUUCCACCUAAGUUUAAGGAAAAAGGUCUUUUGAAUAUGGUGAAGGCUUCUAAAGCCUAAACCAUUUUCGGUAACGGGAUAACAACAUUUAGACCAUUUACGCCAAAUUCUCCUGUUUUGAUCAUCACCUUUAUCCCACAAAAAUUAGAGAGUUUCCUCUCCAUUUUCUGAAUAACAUUUUUGGGGAUGGGGGAGACAACCAUAUGAUAAAGGGGGAUGGAACCCAAAACAUGUUUAAUUAAAACAAUUCUACCGCCCACCGAAAGCAAUUUAUGUUUCCAGCCAGCGAGUUUAUUAUCAAAUUUGAUCAAUAUGUCAUCAAAAUGUCUAUUUAAAGUUCUUCCCGUGUGAAUAUUAGCGCCCAAAUAAAUAAAGGGAAAAGAACCUUUUUUACGUUGAAAAUCUGAUUGACAAUAUUACAGUUGUGAGUCUUGGCAUGCUUAGAAAUAAGAUAAAAACUCUUGUCCUUGCUAAUAAGUUGCCCUGAGUAAUUCUCAUAAUCAGAAAGAAUCUUGGAAAGACCGUGUAGCAUUUUUUCAGCAUUAGAAAAAACAAUGACGUCAUCAACAAAGGACAAGUGAAUUAUAGUAGGCUAGCCAGGGAGGGUUUUGAAGGCAUUUCCACAAUCAUUUUUGUAAAAAUGAUUUAGGUUUUUGGUUAAAACUUCAGCAACUAUAAUAAACAAAAUAGGGGAAAGGGGGUCACCCUGUUUCACGCCCCGCCAGGCUUGGAAAAAACCUUUAGGUGCUCCGUUAAUCAAGACCAAAAACCAAGUAGCCUUAAGAUUGUUUUGAAUAAGAUUAACAAAAUGAGAAUGAAAACCUAACUUAAUCAAAACAUGAGUGAUAAAUGACCAGGAGAGCCUGUCAAAAGCUUUAACGAUGUCAAAUUUAAAGAUGAGAUUGUGACCACGAGUUUUUUUAUUGAUGUGGUUGACAAGCUCUCUGAGAACAAGGAUACUGUCCGAGAUCUCCUUGCCCUUUUGAAAAGCGGUGUGCUCAUUUGAAAUGAUUUUAGGAAGAAGUAAGGUAAUCCUGUUGGUGAUGAUUUUAGUAAAAAUUUUGUUAAUGAAAUUGCUAAGACUGAUGGGACGAAAUUUUGAAAAUUGAUAGGCAUUGGGUUGCUUAGGGAUAAGAGCAAUAAGAGUGUGACCAAUAACUUUAGGAAUAGGGACCCUACAAAAAAUUCCAUAACAGCAUAAUAAGAUCAUCAACAAUGAUAUCAUAGGUUACCUGAUAAAAUAAGCCAUCAAAACCAUCACUACCUGGAGCACUAGAUUUAUCAAGACUAAAGACAACAUCCUUUACCUCUUUGGAUGUGAUAGGGCACAUCAGGAUUUUAUUAUCAGUGUCAUCAAUGACCUUUUCCAGAUUCUGUAUGUAAGAACUAGGGUCCUGAGCUUCUGUAACAUCAUCAUUAGCAGUAAGAAGGGAGGAGAAAAAAGAUAUGGCAGCUUUAUCAAUGUCAUCCGGAGACUCAAUCCAGGAACCAUCCUCAUUUUGGAUUUUAUUUAUGUUUAGUUUUUUGUGUCUAGCUUUUAAGGAGUGAUGGAAAAAACUAGUAUUUACAUCGCCCUCCGUUAGUCAUUUGAUUUUAGCCUUUUGCCUAUAAAACGUGUUUAUAUAGGCAGAGUACUGG